AGGGACCUGGGCGGCAGAGCUGGUGGGUUGCGGGGUCUGAGCCAGCAGAGCCGGGCGGGGCCCGCGGCCGCUGGAGCGCGUCUCGGCCUCGGCGGGACGCGCAGCCGUCGCGAUGCCGUUCCUGCACGGCUUCCGGAGGAUCAUCUUCGAGUACCAGCCGCUGGUGGAUGCCAUCCUGGGCGCCCUGGGGAUCCAGGACCCCGAGCGGCAGGAGCCCCUGGACGGGCCUAGUUAUGUUGCCAGCGAGGAGAGCCGAAUCCUUGUCCUCACCGAGUUGCUGGAGAAGAAGGCGCACUCUCCGUUUUACCAGGAAGGCGUGAGCAAUGCUCUCCUGAAGAUGGCGGAGCUGGGGCUGACCCGGGCAGCUGAUGUUCUCUUGCGGAAUGGGGCCAACCUCAACUUUGAAGACCCUGUCACCUACUACACUGCCCUACACAUUGCUGUCCUGCGAAACCAGCCUGACAUGGUAGAACUGCUGGUGCGCCAUGGGGCUGACAUUAACCGGAGGGACCGGAUCCACGAGAGCAGUCCCUUAGAUCUGGCCAGCGAGGAGCCUGAGCGCCUGCCCUGCCUGCAGCGCCUCCUGGACCUUGGCGCAGAUGUGAACGCUGCUGACAAGCAUGGGAAGACUGCGCUGCUCCACGCUUUGGCCAGCAGUGAUGGGGUGCAGGUCCAUAACACUGACAACAUUCGGCUUUUACUGGAAGGAGGAGCAGAUGUCAAGGCCACGACCAAAGAUGGAGACACCGUGUUUACCUGCAUCAUUUUCCUGCUCGGUGAGACCGUGGGCGGAGACAAAGAGGAGGCCCAGAUGAUCAACCGCUUCUGCUUCCAAGUCACGCAGCUGCUGCUGGCCCAUGGGGCUGACCCCAGUGAAUGUCCAGCCCAUGAGUCCCUCACGCACCUCUGCCUGAAGAGCUUCAAGCUGCAUUUCUCCCUCCUGCGCUUCCUGCUGGAGUCUGGGGCUGCCUACAACUGCUCCCUGCAUGGCGCGGCCUGCUGGUCGGGCUUUCACCUCAUCUUUGAGAGGCUCUGUUCCCACCCAGGCUGUGCAGAGGAUGAGAGCCACGGGGAGCUCCUGCGCAAAGCUGAGACUGUGCUGGAUCUCAUGGUGACCAACUCCCAGAGGCUGCAGCUGCCCGCAAACUUUGAUAUCCACCCAGUGGGCAACCUGGCAGGAAAGAUUCAGGCCCUGCACUCCUCCCUGAAGCAGCUGGAGCGCUACCCGCCACCACUCAAGCACCUGUGCCGUGUGUCCAUCCGGCUGUACCUGCAGCCGUGGCCUGUGGAUGCAAAGGUCAAAGCUUUGCCCUUGCCUGAUAGGCUCAAGUGGUACCUCCUCAGCGCACACAGCAGCAAAGAGGAAGACGACAGUUGACAUCUCUUGUGAAGGGACAAU